AAAAAAAAUUUGUGUUACUCAUCCGCAAGUAUAUAAUUUCGUUAAAAUAGAGCAUAAAAGUCUUAAAACAAGAUGUUUUCUACAAAUCCAAACUACACGAAGCUCAAAACACAUUUGAGGUUGGCCAUAAACCGCCUUAAACUGUUGGAGAAGAAGAAGACUGAAUUAGCUCAAAAGGCUCGAAAGGAAAUAGCCGAAUAUAUUGCUGCUGGUAAAAGUGAGAGAGCUAAAAUUCGUGUGGAACAUAUAAUAAGAGAAGACUACAUGGUGGAAGCAAUGGAAAUAGUGGAGAUGUAUUGUGACCUGAUCCUGGCCAGGUUUGGCCUGGUGACGCAGAUGAAGGAGUUGGACGAAGGAUUGGCCGAGGCCAUCUCCACCAUGAUUUGGGUGGCACCGAGGAUGCAUACUGAUGUACAGGAGCUCAAGGUAAUAUCAGAUCUGCUCACAGCAAAAUACGGAAAAAUCUAUGCGGAUGCUUGUAGAAAUGAAAAUGUGAAUACAAUCAGUGACAAGUUGAAACACAAGAUGUCAGUUCAGAGUCCACCAAAGAUCCUGGUUGAGAAAUAUUUGAUAGAAAUAGCUAAAAAUUAUAAUGUGGAGUAUACACCAGACGAACAGGUCAUGAGGGAAGAGGAAGGCCGAGAUGCUCUACUUAUAGACAUUGGGCAACCACAGCCUCCUGGCUUCAUCGGGUUCCCGCAAAUGCCAGAUUUACCCAACCCGCCAAGUGUGACGCCCUUCAAUUAUCCUUCGACGCCAUCGGGAGGUAAAGCGGGAGGUUUCGUAGCGACGCCGCCGGCGACAUACGGCGUCGGGCCCAGCCAGCCGCCUGCAGGCUACAAUCUGCCUCCAGGGGUAGACUCCAAGAAUCUGAGCAACAGCUUCCUCCAGGAGGAAAUGAACAACCUCCCGCCUGCAUACGACAGCAUACACCACGACCCGGUAAUUUCACAGUCUCACCAUGCGCCCCACGUACCGUCACCGUCGGCGCCGACCCCACAGCCGCGGACGAAGCCAGCCGGCAACCCAAACAUUUUCCCCGAGCUACCAGAACUACCAACUGUACCAUCCGAUCUGCUGCUACCGUCAGUGCCUCAUAGCCACGACUCCAACACGUCCAAUACUGACAAUAACGCCCCAGAUGAAAUAGACUUCGACGAUCUGAACCGGCGAUUUGAAGAAUUGAAGAAGAAGAAAUAAGGUCAAGCAAGGAAGGAAAGGUUCUGUGAGUAAUUAUAAGCACUCAAUUGUUACAUUAGCUGUAGUUGCCAGUUGUAAUAUUCAUUAUUCUCUUAACCAGUACAGUAACAUGUACGAUGGAUUGUUUACUGGGUGAGAGCCUUCAGCGCUCCCCAUUUGUCCGGCCAAGUAGUUAAUGCCAGCUGCGGCAAAUUUACAAUAAGUCACGUCAAAAAAAAGGAUCGUUUACUUACUACGCAACGGAACACGAGUAAGAAUGACAGUUUUUUUUUAA